CAUUUUCCCAUUGGCCUAUCUGUUGAAUUUGGGGAGGAACUACCUGCAAAGAGGCUGACUGUGAAAUAUGUUUAUCUCACAUGAAACCUUAUACAAACUGGCACAAGGUUCUAAGGUUAAUAGUGCUUGGAUCCACUUAGAUUUAUAGCUAUAUUGACCCUAUGUGACUGAAAGUCACCAAUUUCUUUUGACACAGAUGAACUCAGUGUACGUACCUUUAUUUUUUCAAUUUAAUUUUGCAUAUUCUCCGUUUCCUAGACAGUUUUUUUAUCUGAAUGAUGUUUAUACUUCUACACAGUUUUACCCAGGUGUACAUCCUAAUUAAUUCAGUCAUGCAUCUUCCUAGUAGAUCUGUUGCCUAAUCUAUUAAAUUUAAUGGUUUUAAAGCUUUUUCUUUGUCAGAAAAGUACAGCAGGUUUGAUAAAGUACCUACAAAAACUAUGAUAAAUAUCACCUGAGAAAUUGGGUAGAAAAUUAUUCUUCUGCAUUUUUCCUGUAUAUCAAAGGGGCUGGAAGCAUCUUCUGAAAAUUAAAAUCUGGGAAAGAAUCUUGUAUAUUACGGGGUAGUUUUCCUCCCAAUCUUUCAGAAGUAUAGAUUUUAGUUCUCAUUAUUGACAACAGUAACCAUGGUAGCUGGAGAAUUUGGGCAUUGAAGAUCAUACAUCUGGAAAGGAAUCAGGCUGGAUAAUGACAUGGAUCUUGGAAUUCCCAAAAAUACUCUUAACAGGAUGUUGGGCAAUGCUUAUGAAGGUGCCCUGCCAUCUGAUCAUACUGGAAUCCUUUCCAAUGACAAUCCUCUCUGCAAUGGUGAGCAGAGCAACUUUCUGACCCACACUGAUGUGAUCAAGCGUUCUCAACCUCUGUUCAUCCAAGCAAAUAGAAAAAUGAAGGAGGAAAAGCCUCAUACCUUAUCCUUGCCUUCUAUCCCAAACCCUUUUCCAGAACUCUGUAGUCCCUCAAAUUCACCUAUCCUCACCAGCUCCACACUGGGGCCAGGAUCACAGCGUGAAGGUGGCUCUCAUGUAGUAAAAGUUUACAGUGAAAAUCAUACUUGCUGCUCUUUGGAAAUCACAGCAGGGACCACGGCCCGUCAUGUUUGUGAGAUGCUGGUGCAGAAAACUCAUUCUUUGCAUGAUGACUGCUGGUCUUUGGUAGAGGUCUAUCAUCACUUAUCUCUAGAACGGAUCUUAGAAGACCAUGAGUCUGUGGUAGAGGUUCAGGCCACAUGGCCUGUGGGAGGUGAUAGUCGAUUUGUCUUCCGGAAGAAUUAUGCGAAAUAUGAGCUGUUCAAGAGCUCACCACAAUCAAUAUUUCCUGAAGUUAUGGUUUCCAGAUGUCAGGAUGCAGCUAAUAAAGGCAUGUCCCACCUAGAACUCAUACAGAAUGUUCUAAAUUCAGGAAGCUGUCCUGAAAUUCAAGGAUUCUUGCAUCUGAAGGAAGUUGGGCGCAAAGCCUGGAAAAGAUUUUACUUUUCUCUGCGGCGUUCUGGGCUCUAUUACUCAACAAAAGGCAUGUCAAAAGACCCCCGGCAUUUACAAUAUUGUGUUGACAUAAAUGAAUCGGUCAUUUAUUAUAUAAGCCAAGGCAAAAAACAAUAUCACACACCCACCGAGUAUGGCUUUUGUAUCAAGCCACAUAAGGCACGCAGUGGAGUCAAAGGACUGAAGCUAUUUUGCUGUGAAGAUGAACAAAGUCGCACAUGCUGGAUGGCUGCCUUUCGUCUCUUUAAGUACGGCAUACAGCUCUACAGAAACUAUCAGCAAUGUCAGACACGCCAAAAGGAACCAGCUUGGUUUGGCACUGUGCCCCUACGGAGCGUGUCUGAUAAUACCCUCGUUGCCAUGGACUUUUCGGGGUGUACAGGGCGAGUGAUUGAAAACCCCAGUGAGGCACUGACUGUAGCUCUGGAGGAAGCUCGGGCAUGGAGGAAGAAGACAUCUCAGCGAUACAGCCUGCCCACUGCAUUCCAGAGCUGUCCAUUCGGUGCUGCCAUCCACAAAAUGCAACCCUGGUUCCAUGGUCACAUUUCUAGAGAAGACACCCAGCGACUUAUAAUUCAACAAGGACUUGUGGAUGGGUUAUUCCUGGUGCGUGAAAGUCAGAGGAAUCCCAAGGGCUUUGUCUUGUCCCUUAGUCAUACGCAAAAAGUGAAGCACUAUCUGAUACUUCCGUGUGAAGAAGAAGGACACCUCUACUAUACCAUGGAUGAUGGCCAGACGCGUUUUGCUGACUUGAUUCAGCUAGUGGAAUUUCACCAAAUUAAUCGUGGCAUCCUGCCUUGCAAGCUGAAGCACUAUUGCACGUGUGUUGCCUUAUGAUUGACUGUCACCCAUUGGCCAUUCCUGGGCCCUGAAUUACCAUUGGCUAAGGUUUAUAUGUAGGUCUUUUUGAAAUGCAUACAUCAGGACCUACUUCAGACUUUCAACAUCUCUGUCCCCUUGCCUUCAGCCACUCCUACAAGAAACCAAGUAAAGAACAGUGUUUGAAAUUUCCCGUGAGGCUAUUCAUCAGUAAGCCUUCAGAUUAUUAUUAUUUUUUUCAGAAUCAAAGAAGGAUUUCAGGUCACAGUAUAGUAGUUUAGUUUGGAAACAGUCACAACAUUGUUGGCUGGUGUCUUUAUUUUCCCAUAUUAUUUUUUUUACCUCUUCUGUGCCCUUCUAUAUGUAUGUUUUAAUACAGAUUUUGUUUUGUCACCAUGUUACAGAAAAUUUGCAGUGUUGAUUAUUUAAUGUUUCUAAUAUGAUUACCAAUUUCCAAUAGCCUGGUCCAGCAUGUAUGCCAGACUUAUGCAUUGUUUCAAAACUCUAACUGACUAGGAACAAUAGUAAGAUAUUAGACCUGAUUCUUAUUGCAAAUCAACACAGAUAUACAAAAGUCUUAUUAACUCUCUUAAGAACUAUUGUCUGGUUCUAUCAAAGAUUCUAUGGGUGCUGUCA